UUGUGACAUCGUAACCGCUCUAACACAACGCACACGGCGGCGGCAUUGUGGUCGGGAUGUAUUCAUCAUCAAGAAGAAUGUCAGCUUCAGGAAACGGCUCGGCCUCUGAUUGGACGGGGGGGUGGGCCACGUGACCGGUUUUCCCAACCGGAGUUUCCACGACAGCUGGAAGCCGAGCGGGCACAGGCGCGUCGUCGGUUUCUUUGAAAAAUAACAAGGACUAUCCUCGUUUCAACACCUUCAAAUAAACCCCGUCUGGCAUGGGCGACAAGAGGAGUCCUACAAGGCCGAAGCGUCAACCGAAGCCCUCCUCAGACGAGGGGUACUGGGACUGUAGCGUGUGCACGUACAAGAACACGGCGGAGGCUUUUAAGUGCAUGAUGUGCGAUGUCAGGAAAGGCACGUCAACAAGGAAGCCUCGCCCGGUCUCCCAGCUGGUCUCCCAGCAGCAGGUAACGCAGCAGUUCGCCUCCCCCACGCAGCCCAAGAAGGAGAAGAAGGAGAGGGUCGAGCGAGAGAAGGGCGAGCGAGAGCCCGCGCCGCUCAAGAAGAACGGUCACAAGAAGAUGAGGCCGCGGUUAAAAAACAUCGACCGCAGCAGCGCGCAGCACCUGGAGGUGACCGUGGGCGACCUCACCGUCAUCAUCACCGACUUCAAGGAGAAGGCCCGCCCCUCGCCCCCCAACGCCUCCUCCACCCCCACCAGCGUCCCCGCCCCCACCACCACCACCACCUCCUCCUCAUCCUCGUCCUCCUCCUCUUCGGCCGCAGCCGCUAACGCCGCCGCCGCCGCCGCUGCGGGCGCCAUGGACCACCACAGCCACAACGGCUCGGGUUCGGAGAACACGGACCGGGGGGUGUCACGCUCCUCCUCCCCCCGCGGUGACGAGGGGGCCUCCGUCAACGGGGAGUCCCACUGAGGGCCGGGGCCGGGGGGGGGGGGAGGGGACGCCAUCUUUCUUUUCUGUCUUUC